AUGACAUCAGCUACAAGUUCUCCUCACAAUGAUUUCUACAAUGACGGCGGCCUUAGGAGAAUGUCUUACGCUCCACGUCAGCGUCAGAGGCUCGACUUGAGUCUCACUGAAGAGGCAGUCUUGGAGCAGCUCAUCACUGUGUUCCAGUCAGUCAUUGAUCCCCCGGAAUAUGGUGCUUCUGGCUCUAGCUAUCCUACCUAUCAUAUAGCACUUAUCAGUCUCACCAAAGCUGCCAAAGCCCGCUAUGAGUCCAUCAAGGCAACUGUUCCUGCUGUACCCAUGGAGACAGCAUCUCCUGAGACAAUCAAAAGAAAUCUUCAAGUACUUCGACAGUCCUGUGUGAUGUUACAAUGCAGUAGAGAUUAUGAAGCAAAACAAACACGUAUGGAAGCCCUUGUCGCAUUGGUCCGUGGGAGGAGACGACCAGAGAAUACAUACCAAGAAGUCGAUGAGGGGCAAGACCUCAUGGAUGCCUUCAUGGCCGGCGAUUUCUUGACAGUGCAGCACGGGCGUAGUCAGCUCACGGGUGCAUAUAUUGUUAGCACGCUGGCCAAAUUAUGGAAAGAGGUCGAGACUCCCAAAAAUGUUUUCCAAGAGUAUACGAAGGCGAGCUUGGAAGAUGUAGCAAAGACAGUCCUGGGUCUAGGGGGAAGCGAGCAAAUGCCAGUGAAUGCAUACAGAGCAUCUGCGUAG